GGGUGGGGCUUUGUAACAUUGACUAUAAAUAGAACUGUUAGAGAGGACUCUAUCUUCAGACGAGUUUACUUCUCAACAAGACUUCACAACAAGAGUUGUUCAAACAGAGAGAUGAAGCCGUUUUCCUCCCUCCUGGCAUUGGGUCAGUGCCUGAUGUUCAUCCAGCCAGCACUGUCCACACAGGAAAGUUUGGGUGGCCCUUUCAUUCACAGUUCAAUAGAGGAGGCAAAGAGACUCGUAGAUGAAGCCUACAAGUACUCCAGAGAAAAGAGUCUGGAGAGAGUGCGUGGACAGUCCAUCAGGCCCUCAGAUGUCCUGCGUCUCCUGAAGCAGCCUGCCAGGGACACGCGCUCUGCUGUUCGGUCUGCAGACUACCUGGAGAACACCUUGAGACUGAUCCACGAGAAAGUCCACCGCACCCACAGGCUGCACAAACGUUCGCUCAACGCAACAGACCUCCUCACACCACAGGAGCUAGACACCAUUGCACGGGUCACUGGCUGUGCAGCUCGUGUCAGCAAGCCCUCCUGCCGCACCACACCCAACGUUAACAAGUACCGCACAGCCACCAGCGUCUGCAACAACCUGAAGUCUCCUCGUCUGGGAGCCUCAAACACCCCCUUCACUCGUUGGCUGCCUGCUCAGUAUGACGAUGGGGUCUCUAGACCCAAAAGCUGGGACCCAAAUAGGAGCUUCAACAACUUUGUGCUCCCUCUGGUAAGGGAGGUCUCUAACCGUAUCCUGGCAACCAAUGACGCCAGUGUAGAGAGCGAUCGCGAGUUUACACACAUGGUUACUAUUUUUGGCCAGUGGAACGACCAUGACCUGACAUUCACGCCCUCCUCCCCCAGCAUCCGUGCCUUCAGCAACGGCCUGGACUGUGAUGAGAGCUGUGAACGCUCCGAACCCUGUUUCCCCAUCCAGAUUCCUCUCAAUGACCCACGCUUGCCCACUGGCCCAGACAGCUGCAUCCCGGUCUUCCGAUCAGCGCCUGUGUGCGGCACAGGAAAGUCUGCUUUCAAUUUCGGUGACAUGGCCAACAGGAGGGAGCAGAUCAAUGCCCUGAAUGCCUUCCUGGACUUGGGGCAGGUGUACGGCUCUGAGGAGGGGUUGGCGCGUGACCUACGUGACCUCACCAACGAUGGAGGCCUGCUACGUAUCAACAAAGAGUUCACAGACAACGGACGUGAGUUUCUUCCCUUCACUGACGUGAAGGGGAACAUGUGUGCCACCCGCAGGAGAAUCACCAACGACACCAAUGCCAAGGAGGUGCCCUGCUUCGUUGCAGGUGAUGUUCGUGUGGAUGAGAACAUAGCUUUGACAUCCAUUCACACAAUGUUCUUGCGUGAGCACAACCGUCUGGCCGGUGCCCUGCUUCGUCUCAACCCACAUUGGGACGGUGAGACACUCUAUCAGGAGGCUCGCAAGAUCAUGGGCGCCUACACCCAGGUGUUUGUGUUCAGGGACUACCUGCCGCACAUCGUGGGCCCAGACACCAUGGCCCGGCAGCUCGGCCGUUACCCUGGCUACAACGAGACGAUUGAUCCCAGCAUUGCCAACGUGUUUGCGACAGCAGCGUACCGCUUUGCCCAUCUGGCCAUCCAGCCCACGCUGUCCCGCCUGGACAUCAACAACAAGGAGAAUCCCAUGUUCCCCAGCGUGCCCCUUUUCAAGGCCUUCUUCACCCCCUGGAGGCUGGUGUUUGAGGGUGGUAUCGACCCUCUUAUCCGUGGUCUGGUGGGUCACCCUGCUAAGCUGAACACCCAGAACCACAUGAUGGUGGAUGCUCUGAGGGAGAAACUCUUCCAGUUCAUAAACCAUCUGGCUCUGGACCUGGGCUCCCUCAACAUGCAGCGUGGACGCGACCAUGGCCUGCCUGAUUACAACGCUUGGCGUAAAUUCUGUGGGCUCUCAACACCUAGUAACCUGGGCGAGCUGGCCGUGGUUCUGAACAACACAGACCUGGCCUUCAGACUGCUGCAGCUCUACGGCACCCCAGAUAACAUUGAUGUGUGGAUGGGGGGCGUGGCUGAACCCUUCGUUCACAAGGGCCGCGUCGGGCCUCUCUUUGCCUGCCUCAUCGCCACCCAGUUCCAGAAAAUCCGCCAGGGAGACAGGCUAUGGUAUGAAAACCCAGGCGUCUUCACCUCGGCACAGAGGAAGGCCCUGAAAAAUGUAUCUCUGGCUCAGAUCAUCUGUGACAACACUGGCAUUACAGCCGUGUCACGUGACCCCUUCCUCAUCCCUGAAGGAGGGAACACACCCAUCAAGUGCAACAACAUCCAGCAAUUAAACCUUAGUGCCUGGAAGGAGAGCGCUUCUACGGCCGAUCAGAAGCAGCAGGAGAAUUCGGACCAGGACAACGAGAUCUGAUGUGAGCCCCUCCCCUAGUCCCCCCCCCC